AUGGCGGUGCAGGACAAGAUGCUGGUGAUCCCCGUUACCACCACUGGCAAUUCAUCCUGCGGUGAGGUGGAGCCAUCUCCCACCUUCGGUAUCAGUCCGAAUCCAGUGCCCUUGAGCAUUUCCACAAGCAAUGUGACCCGCUGGGGCGCUGUUGAUUCUGCCAGUGUAGCGCAGUGGACAGUACAAAGGCUGGAACAACCUGGCAAUUACCAAGUUUGCUACUGCGCUGACUCACCAGACGGAUCAUUAGAUAGCCGUGGUGAAUGCUUCAGCGGUGCUGCUGGCUUCUAUCACGAGAUGGGAAGUCUGGAAGUGCGUGGAGCUGACCCCGCACAAAUGUUCCUUUGUGUGCCCGGGAAGACCUGUGAAUUCGUGGUGACCGGCGUGAACCUCUCCAUUUCUGACAAGGUUCGCCUGGUGGGACCAGAGGACAGCUGUUCCAGACCCAAGCCCUUGGUCACUGCCACGAAGAUUGAUUUCAACCAGGCAGCCGAGGCCAACCAGUCCUCUGCCAGGUUUGACUUGGGGCUGUUGGAGUUGACCCGGCCAAUGGCACUUCGCUUGUGCUACUGCGCGAGUUACAAUCGUGAUGGGCAGGGCAGCGACUGUUCGGACGUUGCGGACUUCACUCAUGCCGCGGGUGUCGUCAACGUUGCAAUUUGUCCGAUUCCUCCUGGUGGUGGCACCUUUGUGGUGCCAGUGCAGGACGUCUACGGGGACCCUGGCGACCCAAAGUUUCGCUUCUAUUCCUUGCCCGCAUGGCUUUGUCAUGAUGCUGGGUCAAGAACAUCUUCGGACAUUGCGAAGUAUCAGUCCAUCAUGCUGUUGGGCAGUGGUGGCCUUGAAGGCAAGGGAGGAGCUAGUGGCGAUGAAGACCUGGUCUACUCCAGCCGCGUAGCACAAUGCAUACCGGGCAUUGAGGCAGCUGUGCCCAGGUUCCCCAACUCCAACAUCUCCACCACAGAUGUCUCCGUGGUUGGAGGUGCGGGGGCAAACAUCAAUGGCUUGCCCAUCGACACUGGCUUUCGAUUGCAAGGCUCCAUGAGCCUUUCGGAUGAGCGUGGCAACAUGCAGACCUGCGUGUCCUGGGAGGUGGAAGUCGUCUCCUUUGGCUGUGGAUGGGAUGCCGCCAUGACGUUUGGGAUCGUGCUUCACCUGCUACUCUUUGUCACCAUCAUAUGGAGUUGUUUCAGCAACCAGAUCUAUCACUGUAGCGCUUUCUGCUCCUGGACGAAGAAGGUAGAGCCCAUUGUUGAGACUGACCCGGAGGAAAAGGAGGAGGCGUUGAGACGUGCUGCAGACGCCAUCCGGAGGAUGCCAACCGUCGCUACCACUGGAACCCCAUCUGUGAAGGCCAUUGCAGCGGGCGGCGCUUCCAUCGAAGAGCCGGACCGGCCCUUGCAGCUGCUUUGCAGCAGCAGGACUGCCUGCAUCCUUGCUGCUGUGCGGAUGACCACGGUGAUUCUUCAGUUGCUGUUUGUCCUGUGCCGAUUGGAUGAUGUCUUGAUCUUUUUCGUGAUGCCAUUGCUGAUGACUUUCGUCAGUCUUGCAGUCCAGGUGGCCUUGGUUUGUGCUGCCUGGGACCUGCGACGAACUCGGCGCUGCUUCAAACGGCCGCAAUAUGUGAUGCAUAGCUUCACAUUGACGCUGAAGGUCCAUUUGGAUUUGGUCAUACCGCUCAUGGCACAACGGCAUCAUUCGGAGCUUUGGCGUCCUGCUGCUGUUUUGGUCUUUUUGCAGCUAUUGGUGCAGGUGCUGUUUCCAGUCUGCAUGCUCCUCUAUGGCCUGAGAUCUGGAAGGCGUCGCUUGCCCAAGGUUCUGGGGCGGCCCAUGAUGGCCAAUCCUAGACCUGCAGCACCAGACAGCCUCGAGGUGAUGGAAGUAGACGUCACUGACGCGAAGGUGCAAGCAGUCAUGCAGGAGACCUUGUACAAGCCCGAGAAUCGCCGUGGAUCCUUGUCUGUAACAGAUCCCACUGGCAUGACAAUGGCAGCAGAUAUGGCAAACCAGCUCACACUGGAGAAGUUGCCGAGGGGCGUGUCCGUGCAGAAAGGGAAUAUUGGACUCCAGGGCAUUGCGACCUCCUCCGAUGUCACGGCAGUCAACGUUGCUGCUCGGAGGAAUUCAAUUCAGCAUGCCAAACCUAGGCCGGGGAAGCGCCGCCGGAAUUCAGUGGAGUUCCUGGUGGGCGGCCUGCCUUUGGAGCCGGAUGAGACAUCACCAUCGACCGUGCGCCACAGACGGGCUUCAGCGGAUCUUUAUGCCUCCAUGGAGGAUGACCCGCGGGCACCUACCAAAGGGAGCCUCACAAGCCUCACGAGCAGUGCGGAGAGCAUGCACAAGCGAGAGGAGCUGGUGCUUCAUAUGUUCCGCAUGAAGGCUCUGGAAGAGCACCUCAACACACAGAAACCCAGGUGGCGAUGUGUUCUGGGCUCUGUGUGUUUUUCUGCUCUGGUGUUUCCGUGCAGCUGCUGCGCUCGUCGUUUCAAGCGGCUUCGGUGGAAGGGUGCAUUGUGCAGAAGUAGCUGGGAAGAAGAAGCCUCCGAAGAGUUCCGGAGACAGCGCAUUGUAGGACUCUGGGCUUUUCUGGAUACUUCAGGGUGGUCUGUGGCAGCCAUGCAAUUCCGAAAGCAGGCGGAAGGAGCUGGCGGCUUCUCGCUGCCGCACUUUGAGGACCGCAGGGCGUGCAUCAGCUGCGCCGUUGGUGGCUUUGACCUAGCGGUUUUGUCCUUGGCCCUUGUGGGCAUCUACUUGCCGCGGCUCAACUAUACCGAGUUGAGCUUCCUACUCUUGGCAGCUGUGGUCACCCUGUUACAGGUUGGCAGACCAGGCAUUUUCCAUGCGGCCAGUGCAUUGGCAGACGAUCUCUUUUUGAAUCCGCAGAGUCUUCUGGGCUUCUUCCUUUGCGCUGUUUUGUUGCGGUGCCUCGUUAUCGCCAUGAUUGGCUUUGGUUGUGCCAGCUUCAGCUGGAGUGGCUAUUUGCUCUCCACCGUUUCGUUGCUCAUCCUGUGGGGCCCAGUCCUCCUUUUCUGUUGGAGGAGUUGGCCUGUCAUUUGGAACAUCGUUACAGGAUUCAAAGCGCCAUGGCCUUCGAAAAUCAGUACAAUGUUUACAGACUUUGGAGAAAUUUUCCUGCCGGCGCGUUUGAAGGAGAAGAACCAUCGUUUGAACUGGAACUUCAAGAACCGUCCAGUGGUGCUGCAAGCGCCCACCCCUCCUGCCGUGACACGUGCUCCCGGCGCCACGCGCAAGCUGGAUGCGGACCGGCCGCCUUCACCACCAAAUUUGCGUGAUGCUGCCUACAAGGUCUUGGCAUAUCGAAAGGAACAAGGAAACCAGCCUGAAGAGCUGCAGACUCUUCCGGCAGAGCCGUGUUUGGCGGCAUUGGUGCAGCUGGUGGAAGACAUUGUCUAUGGCGUGCCGCAGGAACUGGGCCAGAGGAUUUUGGACCAGCAGGGAGAGGUGGCCCAGUUGCACCAUCUUUUCGUCGACCUGAAUCGCCAGCCGCCUCAUUUGGAGGACAAGAAGCGCCGUGUGCGCAGGCUAUUAGAAGCGAUGACAAUCGUAGAUCAACUUGCAAACGUGUGCCAGUACAUGGGCCCAAUGACAAGGCUCUCCUAUGAUGAGCUGCACGCGCAAGUGCUGGAAGAGUUGUGGUUGGCACGCUCAAUGGUUGGGUUGGACACCCUGCUCAGAAGCAGGCACUUCUGUCGCGGCUGCUUAGCCAGCCGGGCGAGCCUUUUAGAAGCUCAGAUACCAACGGCUCCGCGCUUUUGGCUAGUGCAUGAUCAAACUUUGCAACGUUUAGGCCGUUUACCAGUGGCCAGGGAAUUUGAACAUCUCACCACGGCGUCAGAUGCUCAUCAGGCGCAUGGUCGACACGCCAUUGUCAUGGUGGUGGUGCAUCGGUGGCGAAGUACAGCUUCGCCGGAUUUGCACGGCGUCACCUGGAGACAAUUGGUGACUUUUGCAAGGUGGUACCGUUGGCGAUGGGGUGAAGAGCAUGAGCUUUUCUUCUGGAUUGAUUGCUGUUGCAUGCCAGAGAUCAGAGGUCGAAUGCCGGAGAAGCCUCGGGUAAAGCCCGACAUUUGGGCAUCAGAAGAUGAUCAGCCAAUGCCGGUGUCCCCUGACUCAACGGGUCCGCAAUCCAACUUUGCCAAGUUGAUGGACCGGAGGGGUCUUGCCAAUCUGGCUGCAUGGUCGCAGGCGACAGGGAACAACUUAGAUGACGAAGAUUAUGUGGAAGAAGUGGUGGACCAGGCAUACCUUGACAUGACGGCGGGUCGCAAAGAGGAUGCCGACUUUGCAGGUUUGGACGCCAUGCUCCCUGCCAUCUUUGCAGCGUCCCACGGCGUGGUGAUGUGCAACUCCCAUGACUCGGAGAAGGACGCCUGGUGUCGCUUGUACCUCUCCUUGGCCUAUGCCUUCCUUCCAUGUGGGCGCUUGAUGUACGAGGUGAAGAGAGAUUUGGUCCACAUCAGCCGGGAGAUGCGUAAGCGAAGGAAGGAGGCAGCUGAGGCCGAAGGGCGACUGCUUGAGCUGCCGGGUGCCAUCGGUGGGCUGCGGUUAGAAGAUACUGGUGAGGACCACCUGUCACCACUAGGUGAUGAGCGCAUGAACAGCAAAAUGCAGGAGACAAUUCCAAGCUCAUUGGCUGUCACAGCGCCAUCAGAGACAGCGCCGUCUGGGACGAACGAUGCAGAAACAAUUCCAGAAGCCGAAGUGAGGCUUCCGAAAGACUGCAGCCUCCUUGCACAUCAUGGCCCUGAUGCACAAAAAGCGCCAAGCGGGCCCAGCGGGCCACUGAAACACCAGGAUACCGGCACAAAGUCGGAGCUGAAAGACCUGAAGUUCCUUGCAGAGUGUCUCGACAGGUUUGUUGAAGAUACUGAAGCGGAAAGCUAUGAGAAGCUGUUGCCAGUGCCAACAGAUUGGGACAACCUCUUGCUUGAGGAUGAAUGGGACAUGGGUCGCAUUCAGCGACUUACCUCGGUGUCCAUGGACGCGCCAACAUUGCCAACCGACACGGGCUACAAGAGGCGGCCAUUGGAGUAUGGCAAAACGAAGAUGCUGAUUUGUUGCCUUGGUGGGCCCAAGCGCGAUGCUAGACGCAAGGUGCGGCUGACGCAAGAAGAGGAGUCCAGCAGUGAAUCAGAAGAAGAACAGAUUUAUGUGGAAGAGGAAGACCCGGAGGAGCCUCCAGAUUUGCCAGUGGUUCCGUACACCUACAAAGAGGAGAGCGAGGAGGAUAAGAUGCUGGAACUCUACUUCAAUCGCUCAAUCAAGAAGGAGGAAGAGGCAGACCCAAAGGAUGGUACGCUUCAACCCUUCAGUUUGAAGAAGCAGACUACAAAGUCGAUCUCCUUAGGAACCACAACUAGCUCAUGGUUCAAUGCCACCUCGCCAGCUCUUACCAGGAGCUUGCAGCCGCCGCCUUUGAGACUGACCUUGGCUUCAGCUCCACCGGUACAGCGCUUCCAUGAGACCUUUGUGAGCAGAGCAGUGAAGACCGAUGUAAAGAAGCGCGUUGCAGAGCGGAUAGGUGAGAACAACACCUUCUUGCCCACCGCCUCGGUUGGUAGUGGUGGGAUGGCCAUGCUGUCCAAGCCGCUGGCAAUCCGUGGCAACGUGUGUCCUGACUCUCCAGCAUCCCGCGGGGUGACCUUUGACGUGGUGCUCGAGGAAGUGGAUCCUCGGCCCAAUCGUGAUGGCCUGGCGAUUGGAUUCACUGCACAGGACCCAGAGGAUUGGCCUUUGCAUCGGAAGGCUAUUCCACAGACGGCUUUGGAGAUGCCCAGGAGUUGCGUGGUCGGCUACAGCGGCCGAUGGGUCACUCCAGGCAAUCGUGAGCUGGUGGAGGGCUCCUACAACCCCGCGAAAUUGAAACGAGGAGAUGUGCUCACUGCGGUGAUCGCAGGGCAGCCGGCAAACCUCAUGCGGAUUUUGCUCAACGGGAAGGUGGUUGCGCAGAAACCUUUGUCCUUCACUGGACUGGAUCCAUCCGCCCCGCUCUGGGGUUUGGUGGAUCUGGAAGGUUCCUGCGUGAAGCUUCGAUUGGGCUCCAGCUUGUUGGAGUGA